CCCUGGAGAACCUGGAUGCGGAGCCUAUGACUGAAGAAUAGCCUUGGUCUACGACUUUUCUCGGCCUUGAACUACAUUUCCCAGAGGCUUCGGGCCCCUAUUAUAUUCUGCAGCAUCAGUCACGAGUUGAUCUUGCAGGUCUGAGUCAGCCUGCCUGCGUCUUCGGUCGUCAGCCGCCCUCUCGCUGCGCUGAGGAGGCUCUGAAAAGGCUCCGGUCUUGGACCUGCACUGAGACUCGCAUGUUGCGUACCUCCGGAACCGCUAUCCUGGAGUCCUCCACCGUUUACGAUGGCUGGUGAGGAGGAGAGGAGAAUCAUUGCUGCGUAUCUGAAAAUUAAAUUCAAGGUUUCUCAGAACUUUGCUUCUCUAGAAGAACCCUGAGGAAGACUGGCCAGUUCUUGUAAACCUAAAACCAUGGCUCACAAACUAGUGAAGUUCAGUGAUGUGUCUGUAGUCUUCUCUCAAAGGGAAUGGAAGUGCCUGAACCCUACUCAGAGGGAAUUGUACAGAGAUGUGAUGCUAGAGAAUUAUAGCAACUUGGUCUCACUGGGAUAUUCUGCCUCAAAGCCAGAAGUGAUUACCUUAUUGGAGCAAGGCAAAGAGCCGUUCAUUGUGAUUGGAGAUGUGCAAGGAAGACGGUGUGCAGGAUUGUUCUCCAGAUACAAGACCAAGAAAUUACCUUCAGGAAAGGAUGCUGAUGAAGCUAGUUCGUCCAAAUCGGAGACAACAGAAAGAAGAAAAACUGUUGGACUUAAGGGAACCACUUCGAGAAAUGAGUCGCAGAACAAAAGUGAGUCUAAGGGUCAACAGGGACCCCAAGAAAAGAAUUUCAGGCAAGUGAAAAGCACUUAUAAGAAAAGGCCAACAGAGAGAAAGCAGACAUCUUCGAGUCAGAGAACAUCUAGUGGUGGGAACGCUAGUGAAGAUAGGGAACGUGGGAAAAACCUUAGUUCUGCCUCUAACUCGGGUCAAAGUGAAAAAAAUACUCCUGAGGAAAAGCAUGAUUGUCCAGAAUGUGGGGAAACUUUGAGUAGUGUCUCUCAACUUAAUCUACAUCAGAAAACUCAUAGUGGUGAAAAAGUCUAUAAAUGUAAACAGUGUGGGAUGUACUUUGGUCAUCACUAUCAGCUUAUUUUGCAUCAGAAAUUUCACAGUGGUGAGAAACCCUAUGAAUGUCAAGAAUGUGGUGAGACCUUUACUCUUUUCUCACAAUUCAGUCGACAUCAGAAAUUUCAUACUGGUGAAAAACCCUAUAGAUGUAAGAAAUGCAAGAAAAGAUUUAGUAGUAGUUCAGAGCUUUCUGAGCAUGAGAAAGAGCAUACUGGUAAGAGGUGUUUUGAAUGUAAGGAUUGUGGAAAGUUUUUCAGACUUAAUUUCUACCUUACAGAACAUCAGAAAACCCACACAGGGGGGAAAUCCUAUAAAUGUAAGGAAUGUGGGAAAGCUUUUACUGUAAUUGGACAGCUUACCCGCCAUCAGAAAAUUCAUACGAGUGCAAAACCCUAUGAAUGUAAGGAAUGUGGGAAGUCUUUUAGACUCAGUUUAUAUCUCACUGAACACAAAAAAAUACAUACAGGCAAGAAACCUCACGAAUGUAAGCAUUGUGGGAAAAGCUUUAAUGUCCGUGGACAGCUUACUCGGCAUGAGACAAUUCACAGUGGUGUAAAACCCUUUGAAUGUGAGGUGUGUGGGAAGGCUUUUGGUUAUAAUGGUGACCUUCGAGUGCACCACAGAAUUCAUACCGGUGAGAAACCACAUAAAUGUAAGGACUGCGGGAAGGCCUUUAUGCUUCGUUCAGCCCUUACUGAACAUCAGAGAAUUCAUUCUGGCGUAAAGCCCUACGAAUGUAAGGAAUGUGGGAAGACAUUUAGAGGGCGCUCUCAAGUGAGCCUGCAUAAGAAAUUUCAUACUGACCUGAAACCCUACAAAUGUGCAAAAUGCGGGAAGACCUUUAGAUUUGGUUUCUACCUGAGUGAACAUGAGAGAAUUCAUACUGGGGAAAAGCCCUAUAAAUGUAAAGAAUGUGGAAAGGCUUUUAUUCGUAGAGGAAAUCUUAAAGAACAUCUGAAAACUCAUUCAGGUGUAAAGCCCUACGAAUGUAAAGAAUGUGGAAAGUCCUUCAGUUGGCGUGGUCAGUACACUCAACACCUGAAAAUUCACUCAGGUGUAAAACCCUUCAAAUGUAAGGAAUGUGACAAGGCCUUUAGUCGCAGUGGAGACCUUAGAAUCCAUCAAAGGAUUCAUACUGGUGAGAAACCUUAUGGGUGUAAAGAAUGUGGAAAGUCUUUUAGACUUAAUUCACACCUUAUUGAACAUCAGCGAAUUCAUACUGGUGAGAAACCCUAUGAGUGUAAGGUGUGUAAGAAGGCCUUUAGACAGCGAUCACAUCUUUAUCAGCAUCAGAGAACCCAUAAUGUAACUUAAUAUAAUACUGCCUUUCCAUUUGCAUGCUCUGGUUAUUAGAAUAUCAAAAACAGACAGAAACUCUGUCAGUGUGCCAAUCUUUCUUUAGAUGUGUUAACUUAAUAAUUGUGUAAGAACCUUUUAAUGCCUCUCAGUCCUUGUUGAAUUUAAAGGAAUUCAUACUAGAAAAUAAACCU